AAAAACUCCUUGGAAUAAACACACAUGACCACAACCUCUCCAUUGAACUCUAUGUCCUUUCUUCCUGAUCUCAUAACUCACAAAGCUGAUCUCUCACUUAGCUCCAAUGGCUUCUCCAAGCAAUAAUCUUCUUAAACCGGUGGUCGUGGUCACCUUCGCCAUCGUACUUUCCCUCUUGCUCUCUCUUACCACAUUAUCAGCUGUGGCUGAGGUUGAGAGUAGUUUGCAAAAGAGGACGGUGCUGGGAUCGAAGCCACCAAGAUGCGUCGGGAAGUGUUUGAAUUGUAGGCCUUGCACGGCGGCGUUGGUGGUGCCGGAGCACCUUGAACGGAAGAGAUUUGAAAGAAAUUUGGAUCGUAGAGAAGAAGAUGACAGCUAUUAUCUUCUGCAUUGGAAAUGUAAAUGUGGGAAUAAGCUUUAUCAGCCAUGAGAGAAUAAUAUAUGAUGAUGCUGUUCUUCUUUUCUUUUCUUUUCUUUUUUUCCUUCCCAUCAUGGUGUUGGUUUAUGUACAAAAUUGAACUUGAUUUAGCUUCCUUUCCUACUCUGUUUUUUGAAUUUCUUCUUCUUCUAUUUCAUUUUUGUUUGGCUUUGGUUUUUUUUUUUUUCUUUUCAAAUCUUUGGAAUUGGAAUGAAAAUUUGUGUGGAUAAAGUUUUGGGGGAAAAAAGAUAAAUUUUCCCUUAUCUUAACUUUUUUCUUAACAAAAAAAAAAAAAAAAAAAAAUCAAAUUAUGUCAUUAAUGAAAAAGAAGGCAGAGAUUGUAACACUCAAAUAUAUAUAUAGAAUUCUCAUAAUUUUGUAA